AUGGCUGCUGCUCUUGAACCUGCUGCCUGGGGGAGAAUAUAUCCAGGGUUUAAGGUUAAUGGGAAUGGAUCAGCCUUGAAGUCGAGCUUCCCUUUUGGCGGCGGGCGUCGGGUCGGAGAUACCGUCAGAACAAAAAAGUACGGGUUUCACUCCGGACAUUCCACACAUACACACUUUACUGAAGGGAGGAGAAGGAGGGUAUCUAGACUGUUCGUGUUCAAUGGUGGUAAACCGACAGAUACAGAUCGGACACCCUGGGGGAAAAAGUGA